AUGCAGUCACCGUCGGUGUCGUUGGUGGUUACGAUUAGCUGCUUGCUAGCCAGUGCAUUGCCAGAUCUCCAAUAUGACCAGUAUCACCCAAAGUUCCCACCGUCCCUAACAAACCGUGACAAAAACGAGCUAUCCAUCGAUUACUGGCUGGACAAUGCCCGAAAAACUGCGCACAAGUUGAUCAAUCAACCGGACAACAAGCGUAUCGCCAAAAACGUGAUUCUCUUCUUGGGUGAUGGAAUGUCCAUCGCUACCGUAGCGAUGGCCCGCAUCUACGCUGGCGGGGAAGAACAGACCUUAGCCUUCUCAAGCUUCCCGUACAUCGGAAUGGCAAAGACCUACUGCGUCAACUACCAGGUAGCGGACUCGGCCUGCACGGCAACUGCCUUCCUAACCGGCGUGAAGGGCAACUACAAUACCAUCGGCGUGAACGGUCAGGUAUCAAGUAAUGACUGCACGGCCGAGCUGAACAAGUCGACACAUACGUAUUCCAUAGCCAAGUGGGCGAUGGAUGCCGGUAAGGACGCUGGUUUGGUAACGACAACUCGAGUCACACAUGCUACCCCAGCUGGAGUUUACGCUCACACAUCCAACCGGGAUCGGGAAGAUGAUGGCGAAGCUACCAAGGAUGGGUGCGAUCCAGAAACUGUUGAGGACAUUGCUAAGCAGCUGGUACAUGGUGAAGAGGGUAAGCGGUUGAAAGUUGUGCUAGGAUGUGGACGCUGGCAGUUCCUGGAUAGUGAUCCGGACCCGGAAACGGGCCGUCGUGGCAGGCGAAAGGAUAACCGGAAUCUCAUUCAGGAGUGGCUUGACUUGGCCAAUGGAAUCGAGAACCGGACGUACGUGUGGAACAAGCAGGACCUGCUGGAGGUUGAUCCGCAGUCAACCGAUCGACUUCUGGGGCUAUUUGAACCCAAUCACUGUGUGUUCAACUUGAAUCGAGUGCAUCAAGGCCUGGAUAAAGAACCAACCCUUGCGGAGAUGGUCGAUAAGGCGACGGAUAUUCUGCGGAAAAAUGAGAACGGGUUCUUUUUGUUCGUUGAAGGAGGCCGAAUCGAUCAUGGUCAUCACAACAACAUGGCUAGGUUCGCUUUGGACGAAACGGUCGAGUUUUCGAAGGCCGUGGAACUUGCUCGUGGGAAGUUCAGCGAAGAAGAUACGUUGAUCGUGGUCACGUCCGAUCAUUCGCAUACUGUGAGUUUCUCCGGAUAUUCGAAUCGUGGGAGUGACAUUUUCGGAGCAGCUGGCGUUGGCAGCGAUGAGCUUCCAUAUAUGACGAUCAACUACGCUAAUGGGCUAGGUUAUUAUGAUCACAGUGAUACCGUCAAGGGAACACGCAAGAACCUCGCCGAAAUGGACACCACAGCAGAUGACUUCCGAUUUCCAUCGACGGUUCCGCUGAAAAAGGAAACUCAUGGCGGAGAAGAUGUUGAAGUGUACGCUUCUGGACCUUGGUCACAUCUGUUCACGGGAACGUACGAGCAGAAUGCCAUCCCACACAUGAUGGCGUACGCGGCGUGCAUCGGCGAAGGGAUGAAAGCUUGCUCUUGA